UGGAUCCGGGACUGGUAGUCCCCCGGGACCGGAAGGAGGCGGCCUAGGGGCUGGGACCUGGCGCCUCUGUCCGGUCCUCCCGCAGGGCGGGGAGGGACCUUAGAGGCCCGAUAAAGGGGCUCCCCACUCCUCGCCUGCCAUUGUCCUGUUGAUUUCAUCCCCGGACCAAUGACCUGUAGGUCUAGGUCCGAUUGUCCCCACCCAGGAUUCAAGGAAGUGAUUCCGUCCCUCGCCUCUGUGGCCCUGGCUCAGCCCAUCUUUGCCCAGAAGCCUGAGGGAGCCCCAGAGCAGCGAAGCAGGAGACAAGGUCCGGGUCACCUCUGAGCCCAGCAUCUUGACAAGACGGUGCCGGAGUCAGAACUUGGCUAACGUUGGACUCAGAGCUCGAGACUUCGGGACCAAAGACCAUGGAGGAGGACUUGGGGGCCGGAACCCCCGAAGUUAGAGGAAUCAGGGACUCAAAGCAUGACCCGGGGGCCCCUGGGACGGAAAAGUGUGACUCCCAAAACAUGAAGAACCCAAGCUAUGGAAGCACAGGUGACAUGGGGUCUGGAAACCCUGCAGACUGUGAGAACCCGGAGGACACCAGGGAAGAGAAUGAUCCAAACAAUGGAAUCCCAGAAGACCCUGGGCAGCUGAUGGCUGCCUACGAGGGCACAGCCGUGGGCCACCAGGUGCCUCCGUUUGGCUGGCGCAUCUGCUUGGCUCACGAAUUUCCUGAGAAGAGGAAGCCUUUCAAUGCCAACAAUGUCUCCCUGAGCAACACGCUGAAGCACUUGGGCAUGGGUUUCAGGUAUCUUAAAUGGUGGUACCAGAAGACACAGGUGGAGAAGAAGACUCCAUUCAUAGACAUGUUAAACUGCCUUCCCCUGAGACAAAUCUAUGGUUGUCCACUGGGUGGUAUUGGAGGUGGUACCAUCACUCGUGGCUGGAGGGGCCAGUUCUGUCGCUGGCAGCUCAACCCUGGGAUAUACCAGCACCGAACAGUAAUGGCUGACCAGUUCACUGUAUGCCUGCGACGGGAAGGACAGACUGUGUACCAGCAAGUACUGUCCCUAGAGCGUCCCAGUGUCCUACGGAGUUGGAAUUGGGGCCUUUGUGGAUUCUUCGCAUUUUAUCAUGCUCUCUACCCCAGAGCUUGGACUGUCUACCAGCUACCUGGGCAGCAAGUCACACUGACCUGCCUCCAGAUCACACCCAUCCUCCCUCAUGACUAUCAGGACAGCAGCCUACCUGUGGGGGUAUUUGUGUGGGAUGUGGAGAACACUGGUGAUGAAGAUUUGGAAGUAUCUAUCAUGUUCUCCAUGAGGAAUGGCCUAGGAGGUGGACAUGAUAAUUCAGGAGGGCUAUGGAAUGAACCUUUUUGCUUAGAGCGUGAUGGGGAAACUGUUCAGGGAGUGUUGUUACAUCAUCCAAACCCUCCAAACCCAUACACCAUGGCUUUGGCUGCCCGACGCACGGUAAAUACCACAGUGACUCAUAUCACAGCCUUUGACCCUGAUGGCACUGGACAGAAGGUGUGGCAGGACUUGCUCCUGGACGGACAAUUGGACUCCCCACUUGGCCCCAGCCCCCCAACCCAAAAGAGACAGGGCAUAGGAGGAGCUGUAUGUGCAGGGGCCCAUUUGCCUCGAAGAGGCAGAUGCCAGCUGGAAUUUGCAUUGUCCUGGGAUAUGCCUAAAGUUCUGUUUGGAGCGAAGGGCCAAGCUCAUUACAGGAGAUACACUCGGUUCUUUGGCCUAGAAGGAAAUGCAGCUCCAGCCCUCUGUCAUUAUGCACUCACCCAGUACAGAUCCUGGGAGGAGAGAAUUAUAGCAUGGCAAAGCCCUGUGCUGGAGGACAGGACCCUUCCUGCCUGGUAUAAGUCCGCACUUUUCAACGAAUUAUAUUUCCUGGCUGAUGGGGGUACUGUGUGGCUGGAGGUUACAGAAGAAACAAUCACAGAGGAGUUCAGUGGAAUGCUGAACCAGCUUCGGCCUACCCUCCAGGAAUAUGGACGCUUCGCCUACCUUGAGGGACAGGAGUACCACAUGUACAACACAUAUGAUGUCCACUUCUAUGCCUCCUUUGCCCUCAUCAUGUUGUGGCCCAAACUCGAGCUCAGCCUCCAGUAUGACAUGGUCAGUUUCCCCUUAGCUGUAGCAACUCUGAGUGAAGACCUAACACGGCGAAAAUAUCUGAUGAGUGGUGUGAUAGCUCCUGUGAAGAAGAAGAACGUGAUUCCCCAUGAUGUGGGGGACCCAGAUGAUGAGCCGUGGCUUCGUAUCAAUGCUUACCUAAUUCAUGACACAGCUGAUUGGAAGGACCUGAACCUGAAGUUUGUGCUACAGAUUUAUCGGGACUUUUACCUGACAGGCAAUGAGAGCUUCCUGAGGGACAUGUGGCCUGUGUGCCAGGCUGUAAUGGAAUCUGAGAUGAAGUUUGACAAGGACCAAGAUGGCUUAAUUGAGAAUGGAGGCUAUGCAGACCAGACAUACGAUGGAUGGAUCACCACAGGACCCAGUGCCUACUGUGGUGGUCUAUGGCUGGCAGCUGUGGCGGUGAUGAUCCAAAUGGCUGCUGUGUGCGGAGCUCAAGAUGUCCAGGAGAAGUUCUUAUCCAUCCUGAGCCGAGGUCGGGAGGCUUACGAGAGGCUUCUCUGGAAUGGCCGUUACUAUAACUACGACAGCAGCUCCCAGCCACAAUCCCGCAUUAUCAUGUCGGACCAAUGUGCUGGUCAGUGGUUCCUGAGAGCAUGUGGACUAGGAAAGGGGGAUACUGAGGUAUUCCCUUCUGCCCAUGUAAUUCGAGCUCUCCAGACAAUCUUUGAAGUGAAUGUCCAGGGCUUUGCAGGCGGAGCCAUGGGAGCUGUGAAUGGCAUGCAUCCAGAUGGUGUCCCUGACACAUCCAGUGUCCAGUCUGAUGAGGUCUGGGUAGGUGUGGUCUACGGGCUGGCUGCUACCAUGAUCCAAGAGGGCCUGGUUCAGGAGGGUUUCCUUACAGCUGAGGGCUGCUACCGCACAGUGUGGGAACGGCUGGGUAUGGCAUUCCAAACACCUGAGGCAUAUUGCCAGCGCCGAGUAUUCCGUUCCCUUGCAUACAUGCGACCACUCAGCAUCUGGGCAAUGCAGCUGGCAUUGCAGCAACAUGGCAGAGCCCCUGGGCAAGGCAUGGGACUGACUGGACACACAAGCAGAGAGAGCAUGAGAGUGACAACUGGACAGAAAUCUGUACCAGCUGAUGGACUUGAUACCAAGUCGAAAGCCAGAGCAGACCUGGGACAGAAGGGACUCCUGGAAACAGUUUAGUGAAGGAAGCUGGAGACAUUAAUGUGCACCUUCCCCCUCCCCAUCUGCAACCCUGAGCCAUCAGGACAAUCACUUACCACCCACUUCCCCCAGCAGAGCCUUGGGGGUGGGAAAGACAAGCACCACAAUCACUUAUUUAUUUCCCCUUCCUCCACUCCCCAAUUCUUUGCUGCAUGGAAUGCUAACAAAAGUUCAGCUACUCCCCUUCCUACCCCUAUGCCCUGAGCCAGACUCCUCACCCAAAAGUGGAUGGGGAAGUGGGCAUAGCUAUACAAAUAAAAGACCCAAAAAACUCA